AUGAAAAACAAUCGUCAAAAACAAGCACUGUCUUACGUUCCGCCACCUGUAAUGUAUCCAGAGGAUACUAGCGGAUCUCGAAUGACUCGGUAUAUGGGCGGUCCAACCCCAACCAGUGUAGAUACUUGGGAUAAUUUUUUCGAGGAUGACAGUUAUGUGGCAAUAACUGUCAAUAUAUUCUUGGUACUAAACGAUCUCUUGGGAGAUAAUUUUGUUUUUGCAAAACAAAAACCUUCAGACUUUGCGUGCAAUGGAAGACCAGAUGUUAUAAUCGAAUAA